GAAAGAUAACAGCAGCACUGCUCUCCCUCUGUUCGUUCACCUUCAUCAGCAUCUCGCUGUCCUCCGCUGCCUCUCAUCCAUCAUGUUGUUCCGUGCUGCGGCCCGUCAAGCCGCCCCCUUGAGGCGUCAGGCUUUUGCCCCCGUUGCCCGUCGCUCCGUCACCACCGACGCUGCCUCGGCGCAUGCUGAGAACGUCCCUCAGGAGGAUGACAAGCCCUUCACCGUCCGUCUCUCCGACGAGAGCUUCGAGACCUACGAGAUCGAUCCCCCUCCCUACACCCUGGAGAUCACCAAGAAGGAGCUGAAGCAGAUGUACUACGACAUGGUUGCCAUGAGACGCAUGGAAAUGGCCGCCGACCGUCUUUACAAGGAGAAGAAGAUCAGAGGUUUCUGCCACUUGUCCACCGGUCAGGAAGCCGUCGCCACCGGUAUCGAGCACGCUAUCUCCCGCGACGACAAGAUCAUCACCGCCUACCGUUGCCACGGUUUCGCCAUGAUGCGCGGCGGUACCGUCCGCUCCAUCAUUGGUGAGCUGCUCGGUCGCCGUGAGGGUAUCGCCUACGGCAAGGGUGGUUCCAUGCACAUGUUCGCCCCCAACUUCUACGGCGGUAACGGUAUCGUCGGUGCCCAGGUCCCCGUCGGUGCCGGUCUGGCGUUCGCCCAGCAGUACAACAACCAGAAGGCCACCAGUAUCAUCCUGUACGGUGAUGGUGCCUCCAACCAGGGUCAGGUCUUCGAGGCCUUCAACAUGGCCAAGCUGUGGAACUUGCCCGCCCUGUUCGGUUGUGAGAACAACAAGUACGGCAUGGGUACCUCCGCCGCCCGCUCCUCCGCCCUGACCGAGUACUACAAGCGCGGUCAGUACAUCCCCGGUAUCAAGGUCAACGGCAUGGACGUCCUGGCCACCAAGGCCGCCGUCAAGUACGGUAAGGAGUACGCCACCUCCGGCAACGGACCCCUCGUCUUCGAGUACGUCACCUACCGCUACGGUGGUCACUCCAUGUCCGACCCCGGUACCACCUACCGCAGCCGUGAGGAGAUCCAGCGCAUGCGCAGCACCCACGACCCCAUCGCCGGUCUCAAGCAGAAGAUCCUCGACUGGAGCGUCUGCACCGAGGAGGAGCUCAAGGCCCUCGACAAGGCCGCCCGCACCCACGUCGACUCCGAGGUCGCCAUCGCCGAGAAGAUGCCCGUCCCCGACAGCAACUCCCGCAUCCUCUUCGAGGAUAUCUACGUCCGUGGCAGCGAGCCCCGCUGGAUGAGAGGCCGCACUGUCGACGAGACUUUCUACUACUAGAAAGUUCUUUUUUCUCCGUCUUCAGUUUAGCCAUUGGUUGUAGGCAAAAGGAACGAGGGGAAGAGGACAGAAAGUUAAGAGGGGAGAGAGAGAGAAAGAGAUAUCCGCUGGUGAUGAAGGAAACACUUCAAGGAUGAUGGUGUUGCGUGAUGGGGGAAUGACCCAGAAAAAACAGAAACAAGAUCGGCAUUCCCGCUACGAUUCUUGUUUUUUUUUUUUCUUUCUGACACAAAGCAUCUUAAACCCUCCCACACAAUCUCACUCAUACACAAAGCUCUCAUGGAAUGGUUGUUAUCAAACUAUGUAAUUUAGCCGGGAAUUAUCAUUACUUUUUUU